AUGCUGGGCGACUUGGAAAGGACCUGGGACCGGAAGCUGCAGUGCCCGUACUGCAGCUACGCCAGCCAGAGGACGGAGCGGCUGGUCGAGCACACCCGGAUCCACACGGGCGAGAAGCCGCACCGGUGCCACCUCUGCCCCUUCGCCUCCGCCUACGAGCGCUACCUCGAAGCCCACAUGCGCUCGCACACGGGAGAGAAGCCGUACAAGUGUGAACUGUGCGCCUAUCGCUGCAACUACAGGAGCAACCUGUCCCACCAUCGAAGGCGCAGGCACAAGCCGUUGCCGCUGACCGGGCCCCGGGCCGCCUCCUUCACCAGCAUGAAAACGUGGGGGGACCUGCAGAGUAAAAACAACGCGGAGGAUGGCAAACGAGGGCUGCUCAUCACCUUAGGUCCACCCUCUGUGGUCGUUCAGAAACCAGACUACCCCAGUGAUUUUAUGCACAAGGUCCCCAGUGUUCAGAAUGACUUCUACGACCGCAUGGAUAAAGCUUCGGUGUGCGGACUGCCGAGGGACCCUGAAGAACUCUUGCUUGUGGACAAUGCUUUGAAUCAGAUGUCUACUCUCGGGGGAUGCUUGUCUAGGUUGCCACCCGAGCACCAAAACCUGGCCUCCGCUGAUGGAGACUCCAGCCUGGAGGAAAACCUUUUCAUGAUUCAACAGCUCUCUGCCCAAGGGAGUGCCCCACAGAGCUCCCCCAUAGCCCUGGAGCCUCCUCUCCCACCAUUUAGUCAGAGGGACUGCAGUCCAUUUGCAGGGCCCAGCAGCCAGCCAAGUGACUGCACCAGCACCCCCAUCUUUGGAAACAGCCAGCCUAGCACUCCGGCCCUAACUUUGCCGAUGGAGGACCCUCAGCUUCUCUACCAUUGCCAGCACUGUGACAUGUACUUUGUAGACAAUGUCCUUUACACUAUUCAUAUGGGAUGCCAUGGGUAUGACAAUCCUUUUCAGUGUAACAUAUGUGGACACAAUUGUAAAAACAAGUACGAUUUUGCCUGUCAUUUUGCAAGAGGCCAACAUAACUAG